UUCACUCUGAGCUACCACAAGAUCUUGUUAUAUAUUUCCCUGUGCUAUACAGUAUGAUCUUGUUUAUCUAUUCUACAUUUUGAAAUCCCUGUCUGUCCUUUAAGUCUUGGCUUUUACUCUGAUAAGACAGGGAGCCAUUCUAGGGUUCUGAGCAGGGGAGUGACAUGGUCUGACCUGGCAUUUGGGUUGGGAUGAGACUUUAGCCAACAAAGGUAGAAGCAGAGACCACUUAGGGGGACAGAGAUGAUGAGGCUCAGACCAGGGUGAUCGGCUGUAGUAGGAGGUGAGAAGUGAUCGGAUUCUUAUAUCUCCAAGGUAGAGCCAAUAGGAUGUGGGUGUGAGAGAGGAGGUGAGAAUGCUGGCCAGGAUAUCCAGGUGGUGGCCUGGGUCACACUGGAAGGAGGGAGUUGACAUGGAGGCACAGGUUGGGGAGCAAGGGGAGGAGUAUGCUGGGCAAGGGUGAGUGCAUGCAUAGUAUUUAGAGUUUUACCUCCAUCUAUGUAUCAGUGCUUACUUGCCUCUGGGCCUUUGCAUACGCUGGUAUCUUUGCCUGAACUGCUUUUCCUGCCCUGAUGGAAGAACUCCAACUGGCUUCUCAAGAAUCCCUCCUGUGAAUCUCCCUUCAUUUCUCCCUCUCCCCAGUCUACCCCUCUCUCUGCCUUGUGCACAUGCAGGACCUCAGGCAUAUCUCACAGCCUUUAUCAUAUUGUGCCCCAGAAGGUCAGACCAAGUGCCAUCAAAACGCAUGUUUAUCAGAUGCCUCACACUUCAGAGUGUCCUCCACAUAGUAGGUACUCAACAAGAGACUGACUGGGGGCCUGCUUUCAGCCCUGUCUCUGUUAUUUACAGGUUCUGCAAUAUUGAGCCACUUUCUUUGCGUCCAUAAGCCUCAGUUUCUGCAUCUGUCAAAUGGGUGUAGUCUUUCUCCCCACAGAGGCAGCUGGGAGGAUCUUUGCAUGACUUUGAAGUCUGUAGACAGAAGAAAACAGUGGUUAGCGCGCCCUCUGCUGGAAAAUGGCAGACUCCGCAACCACUCCUCCCGCUCACCCUGCUUUGUGCGGGAGGAAGGUAGAAGUCAGAGAGAGGUGGGAGGGGAGUGGGAACACUAACAAUGCGCCCUACGCACGUGUCCCCACUUAGUCCUCACCGCGGCUCUGUGGAAGAGGUUAGAGUAGACCCAUUUUACCGACACCUACUUGUCCCAGAGCUUCUUACUCAUUGUCACUCCCCUCCUCCUCCAUUCCCCUUCUUAAGGAAAGAAAUGGGGGAAAGGAGAGGAAAGGAAUGGUGGGGAGACAGAGAAGCCUCUGAAGAAGGGCUAAGGACCAGAUCCAUCUACAAUGGGGCUGGGGCUGCCUGGGGCUGCCUGGGGCUGCGUCAGCCCCCAGCUCAGUUUGGGGAGACCUUGGUCAGUCCUUGCCACUCCUCGGGCUCAGUUUCCUCGCCUGUGAAUUAGGCAGGAUAACCCCUCCCCUGCACCCCUCCCUGGGCUGCAGGGCUGAGGCAAGACCGACAUUGUGUGAAAGCAUCGCGCGUGCUACGAUGGCCACCAGAGGGGCGCGAGGGGCUCCUGAUGGAGAUCUAUUCCCGCCGCGGGCCGGCGGGGGCUCCGGAAAGGGCAGGCUGAGGCCCCUCUGGGCCCUGGUCUCCUUUUCUGGAAGGAGCACUCUUCUCUUCCCUUCUCUGAGCCUGUAUAAGAUGAUAAUAGUGGUUCCCUCGAGGGUCUUGCCCUGUUAAUAAUUACAGAUUACAAAGCAUUCUCCCCUCCAUCAUGUCACUUCCCUCACAACCCCUGGGAGGUGGCCUGAUUCCACCUUCAGUCCACCAAUGACAAAAGUCAAGAGCAAAGCAGAGCCACCAACCCACGUUCACCAGGGAAGCCGACCUGGAUGCCACGCAGGGCCUCUGAGCCCUUUUCUGACCCCUCAGCAGCCUCCUAGUGGGAAGAUCCCCUGGGCUGUUACGGGAGACCUCCUCUGCAAACUGUUAAGUGCUGGGUCUUCACCAGAGGGCUGGUGAAGGAGAAGUGCUUCAUGACAAAACCCCAAAGCACUGUGUGCAGCAACACCAGGCAGAGGGUGUGAGCACAGGUGUGGUGUUGGGAACCAGCACAGCUUGUGUUGGGGAGGAGGGAGAGGGUGACGAUGAUGAACAGGAAAAUCCCCAAACCUACAGAGUCAGGAUGUGAAACGAAGCCUUUUAAUCCACAGCAGCAAUUCAACCCUGUACAAAUGACAAGUUAACGUUUUCUUUUAGACAUACUGUUGACCCUCGUUUUCCUAUAAUCCUGUAAGGGAAUCUGGUUUUUCCUAUCAGCCUGUCCCUAGGACUGAAAUUCCAUCUUUAAAGUGUCAUCCUUAGGAUUAAGGCAUUUUCCUGGGUUAGGAGGCAAGGAAAUUGCUGACAACCACUCACACCCUACAGCGACAUAACCGCACCAGAGUUUCACAGCCAUCUUGUGGCCAGCAGGCCUGGGUGGGACACAGAGUAUGAGAAGGGAGAGAGACCCAGGGAGGCCAGGCCUGGGGAGGCCCUGGUUCUCUGAGUUGCUGGUAUUGUUCCCAUCGUACAGAAGAGGAAAACUGAGGCACAGAGAGGUAACUUGGUCAAGAUCACACUGCCCCAUAGUACAGGAGCCAGAACCCAAGCCCAGGCUGUCUGGCCACCAGAGCCCACACUUUAAACCCUUGUGCUACAGUUAGGCAAUAUCACCAAGUGGCGAUACUGUAGACCCAUGGACAGCUUCUGGGUUCAAAUCCCAGCUGCUCUGCCAUUUCUAGCUUGUGACCUUGGGCAACUUACUUGUCUGUGUCUUCAUUGGUAAAGUCGGGAUAGUACCUACUUCCUGGGUUUCCUUAAAUGAGUUAAAACCUGUCACAUACUUAGAACUGCAUAUGUGCAGCCACCAUCCAGUCAAUAGGAGCUGUUCUUCCUGAACCCCAGAUGGACACAUGACCUCGAAGAAUCUAAACUUCAGGAUUAUCAAAUGCCAGCCCGAAGGAUCCUGGAACCCUCCAGCGGCAUCCUGAUGUCUUUGGGCUGCAGCCCUGUACCUUGCUUCCCCUGGCUGGAAGGUGUGGGGCGCCUGUCCACUCAGCUCGGCCCCACACAGGCAAAUGAGGUGAUGUCAAAGCCUUGGCUGGGGCCCAGCCCCUGGAACCUCCCCCUCCCUCCCUCCCUCCCUCCCUCAAUUUUCCCUCACUCAGACUCUCAGAAGCUCCCAGAGAGAAGGCCCCGAUUUGCAGUGAUCCUGGAGCGUCAUUCCUGCAGUGUGAGUGAGUGUGUGUCGGUGUCUGGCUGGUUCACCUAGUGCCCCUCUGUGGUGGUGCCGCAGCCAUGGCUGAUGAGAAGACCUUCCGCAUCGGCUUCAUCGUGCUGGGGCUCUUCCUGCUGGCCCUUGGCACGUUCCUCAUGAGCCAUGACCGGCCCCAGGUCUACGGCACCUUCUACGCCAUGGGCAGCAUCAUGGUGAUUGGGGGCGUCAUCUGGAACAUGUGCCAGUGCUACCCCAAGAUCACCUUCAUACCUGCCGACUCUGACUUCCAUGACAUCCUGUCCCCGAAGGCGCUGGGCCUGCUGGAGAACAGGCUCGCCGCUGAGAAGAGCCCCCAGCCCCCUUACGUCAGGCUGUGGGAGGAAGCCGCCUAUGACCAGAGCCUGCCCGACUUCAGCCACAUCCAGAUGAAGGUCAUGGGCUACAGUGAGGACCCCCGCCCGCUACUGGCCCCUGAGCAGGGACAGUCACAGCUGGGAGCCAGUGAUGGAAGAGAAGGCGGCCCUCACGACCCUCAGGCCUGGUUGGAAGCCGCUGUGGUCAUCCACAGGGGCUCGGACCAGGACGGGGCAGAAGGAAACCUGAGUCAAGACAGGCCCAGCCCCCCGACCUGUCCCCAGGGCCCUGCACCUCUUGCUUCCUUCCAAGAUGACCUGGAUGUGGGUUCCAGUGAGGGCAGCAGCCCCAUCCUGGCUCUACCAGAGGAGACAGAGCCUCAGCCCCCGCCCCCGGAGCCCGGGACCUGCAGACGCCGGCUGGACCACUUCCAUGACUUUGCCCUGAUUGAUGCCCCCACAUCGGAGGACGUGCCGCCAGAGAAGCAGCAGCAGCAGGCAGCCGUGCCCAGCUCCCGGCAGCGGUCUCCAAGGACAAAGAAGCAGGAGGAGGAGUCUUUGAACAGAGGUGCCGAGGAGUGGGAGCAGGAAGAGGAAGACUUGUACUAUGGGCUUCCGGACAGCCCUGGGGAUCCCCUUCCAGACAAGGAACUGGGCUUUGAGCUCGACACCCAGGGCUGAGAUGGAAUGCUCCCUGGGUGCUAGCCUGGCACCACUGCUAACCCCGUGUGAUCUCACGGGGCCUUGAUUUCCCUAUCUGCAAAAUGGGUUUAGAUGGAGGUUCAUAGGAGACAGCGGACCUGAGAGCAUUUUGAGAACUGCACAGAAAUGCACAGGGAGGGGAUGGUUAUAUCAAUGGGCCAUUGCUGUUCGGAUUUUUUUUUUUGGUUAAAGCUUUGAAGGUAAAAUAGGAUUCAUUGAAAAGAUCUGCAGCAGCCAGAGCCCUCAAGAGCCUUUUCUGCCUUUCUCCAAAGCUGGCCUCUGAACAGGAACCCUCCUUGGUGCUACCCCCUGGGUCCCUGACUCUCUGUGAAGGCCUCUCAGGGUUCCCGUUCCUGGAGAGUCUUUUAGUCCACCCAGUGGAUGGCAUGAUCCGUCUUCACUCAGCUAGCAUCUCUGGCCCGCAUCCUUCCUGUGGCUCCUGCUGCUCUGGGAUCCCAAACCUUCUAUGACUGACCAUUGCUGACCUCCCAACUUUCUCCCUGGUCAGCCCCACCCAACUCUCACCCUGCUGCCCUGCCCUUGCCAAACUGUCUCCUCCGCCAGGAUGCCCUUGGUCCCCUGUCUGCCUGGCAAAUUCAGGCUCAUCCUUCAAACCCCUGCAUAGACGUCCCUCCUCUGAAAGCUUUUCCUGAUGUCACCGCCUCUGGUCCUGGCUCCUGUGUGCCACCUGUGGGUCUGGUCCUACACGUUUAUUGUGGAGCGUGGUGGCCUGCUCAAGGCCUGCUCCUUUGCUUUACUAACCCCUGUAUCUCCCGUGCUGGGUCAGUGGCCACUGAGGGUGUACAGAAGUGACCAGAACCCAGGAGCCUUUUGCAGGGAAUACCCGCUCCCCUGACUCUCAAACUCCUGACACCUAAUUUGGUUCAGUGGCAUUUACUGAGCAUCUACUGUGCGCCAGACACUAAGCCGGGAUCUUUAGGGGAAAGAAAUGUGAACUCAUGACAGUUCUUGCCCUCAAAGGGCUCACAAUCCACUAAGCCUAGUGUCUCAUAAGUUAGGCACAGAGUGCAGAGCAGAAGCCUAGGAGGGAGCAGAGGAGUUAAAAGCUGACACACCAGAGGCAGUGGAGUGGCCCCUACACAACUGUCUCGGGCCAUCGAGCACAGGGACUCAUAGCUCUGGCUGCCUGAGCAGCCCCUGAAGGCAUCACCAUACGGCAGCAUUACAGAGGGACGCUUUUCUCAGGCUGAUCUCUGCACAGCCCCUCUGGGCCCCAGCACAGGCACGGUAGCACUGCCUCACCCCAGGUCCCCACGUUCAGAGCUUGCACCCUGGGCCUUCUGCAAGGGCUGACCUUCACCUGGGCUGGGCCUCUGGGUCGGGGUUGGAGUUGCAGCCGAGGGAAGGGCAAGCCCCUGGCACCCCCUCCCCCUUCUUUCUGGGUUAUUGCUACCUCCCGUAGGAAAGCCUCUGCUGUAGCAGGUGUUCCUGCUCCAGGCCUGAGUCGUGGAGUCAUGGACAGGGUGAGGUGCAGCUUGGUCCUGGGCUCUGCUCCCUCGCACAUGGGAGGGGUGACCUGCAUCAGAAUGAGCACCAGUGGGAAAGGCGCAAAUAAAACGUUUUCAAUGUUCA